AUGGAAGAUGGUCCUGCUUUCUAUGGCUUUAAAAACAUUUUUAUGACCAUGUUUGCAACGUUUUUUUUCUUCAAGCUUUUAAUUAAAGUUUUCUUGGCUCUCCUAACCCAUUUCUAUGUCGUCAAAGGAAACAGAAAAGAGGCAGCUAGGAUAGCAGAAGAGAUCUAUGGUGGAUUGGCAGACUGCUGGGCUGACCAAUCACCACUCCAUGAGGCUGCAGCCCAGGGGCGCUUGCUGGCUCUUAAAACUUUAAUUGCACAAGGGAUCAACGUGAAUCUUGUGACAAUUAACCGGGUCUCCUCUCUCCAUGAGGCAUGCCUUGGGGGUCAUGUGGCCUGCGCUAAGUUCUUGCUGGAAAAUGGUGCGCAAGUCAAUGGACUGACAGUUCACGGGACCACGCCACUCUUCAACGCCUGCUGCAGCGGCAGUGCGGCCUGUGUCAGCAUGCUCUUGGAGUUUGGAGCCAAGGCCCAGCUGGAGGUCUACCUGGCUUCACCUAUCCAUGAAGCAGUGAAGAGAGGUCACAGAGAGUGCAUGGAGAUUCUGCUGGCGAAUAAUGUCAACAUUGACCAAGAGCUUCCUCAGCUGGGAACUCCUCUGUAUGUAGCCUGUACCUAUGAGAGAGUCGACUGUGUGAAGAAGCUUCUAGAACUAGGAGCCAAUGUUGACCACGGCCGGCGGCUGGAUACCCCACUGCAUGCUGCAGCCAAGCAGUCCAGUGUGGAGGUCAUCAACCUGCUCACUGAAUACGGGGCUAACCUGAGACUCAGAAACUCCCAGGGCAAAAGUGCCCUUGAUCUUGCUGCUCCCAAAAGCAGUGUGGCGCAGGCGCUCCUGCUCCAUGAAGGUCCACCUGCUCUUUCUCAGCUCUGCCGCCUGUGUAUCCGGAAGUGCUUGGGCCGUGCAUGUCAUCAAUCCGUCUGCCAGCUAGGGCUUCCAGAGCCACUGGAAAAAUUCCUCUUGUACCAGUAG